AUGCCUGUAACGCGAGGAAGAGCGCGUAUGAUGGAGAACGAAGAAGAAGACGUAGAGGAAGAACCGUCGCAGCAGAUGCAGGAGUCACAAGACGAACUGGAGCAGCAGGCUCCGACCACAAUGGAAGAACCAAAAGUGGUCAACUUGAAGGACAUGGCCAAGCAGUUGACAAAUACACUCAAGCAUCUGCUGACCACGCACCGUCAGCUGGAGAAUGAUGCAGCCAUGAUACAGGCUGGAAUAGACGAGCUGCAUCGUAUGCAAGAAGACCGAGCGGAGCGUAUCGUUAAACGGCUCAAGAACGCAAGCUCGACGAUCCUUACCUUUGGCGAUGCUAACGAAGACGCACAUAGAGAGCGUCCUGAACACGACGGUGAAGACUACGAAGACGAGAUGAUGAAUUAG